AGUGGCAAAUUGCAUGCUCUGCGUGCAGAAAAUCCCAGGCACUGUGCUUGGCUUCUCCAGGUAGAUCAGGGGAAAGACCCCGUCUGAAAUAGUAGAGAGCCUCUGCCAUAUACAAUGCUAAGCUAGAUUGGCCAGAGGUCUGAUUCUGUAUAACGUAGCUUCCUAUGGUCCUGUAUUGGUGUAGGGUGACUCUAGUCCCCAAACUCCUCAGGAGCUUUUCCCAUCUGAGUAUUGCAGUCGUGGGGAACUACUGACUUUCAGAGUCAUACCAUUGUUCCAUUUAGCUCAGUAUUGCCUACACAGACUGGUAGCAGCUUCUCCAAGGUUGCAGGCAGGAGUCUCUCACAGCCCUAUCUUGGAGAUGCCAGGGAGGGAACUUGGAACCUUCUGCAUGCAAAUAUGCAGAUGCUCUUCCCAGAGUGACCCCAACCCUAAGGGGAAUAUCUUAACAGUACAUAUGCUUUAAACUCCUAUCCAAAUGCAACCAGGGUGGACCCUGCUUAGCAAACCACAAGACCAGCUCUCCUCCCCUUUGGGCUCUGUGGGAUGGAGGUUAGGCAGAGGCAAUCUGGGGUGUGUGGGCACUCUUAUCCUCAGGGAACCUUUUCCACAAUCCCAUCGGUUCUCUGCAACAUGCAGGAGUUCUGCAGCAGAUUCUGGAUGUUUUCUAGGACACAUUCUCAACUUGUGCAGGUCCUGCCAAUACUGGAUGGCCCUAAGUAUUACAUCAUUGAAAAUUGCCCAGUGCUCCCCUGCAUAUGCCUGUUACAAGAGAAUGUUGAUGGCAUUUUAAUCUCUCUGGGCUUCAGAACCUGAAACUCAUGCAAAUGAAAAAAUAUAUAUAUUUGCUUAUUUUACCCACUUUCUCACUUUAUCUUACAUCUUGAAGGACAAGCCAAUGCAGAACAGUAAAAUCCUUACUUUUGGCUACUGGCCUGUGAGAGUUCACCAGGUGCUGCUGACAUGAUUUCUGAAUCCAUAAGGACUAGAAACUUCAUUUUUAAAAAAAUGCUUUUGCUUGUAUGGUGUAAGUAGAAUAUAUACAGUCCUAAAUAUUUUAAUUAUAGCCAAAGUGAUCUAAAAACAACCCCAUUAAAAAAACACACAUUUCCCUUAUGUGAAUCUUGUUACAGAAUUAUUCAGAAGGAUGUACUUUUUUCCUUUGUACAGGUGGACCUUGGCACACGCAGUCUUAGCAAUCAUGUUUUCACAUAUCAGAAGUUGGGCAAUUGAUACGUGACCUCAGUAUAUGUGGGGGGAAAUGGUGGGGAAAGGGUUAAUUUUCACACAUCUGUGGUUAUGGGGUGGCCAGAAAUGACCUCCAAGAAAAUUCUGGCUACCAUUUUGAAGAAAGGCACUUCGUGGCUCAUUCGUGGUUUUUUAAAAGUGAUUUUUACAAUAAGGCACUUCUACCCCAUUUCUGCUGUUUUUAGCUCUUUUGACAUGUUUUUUGCCGCCUCAGGAACCUAAUCUUGUCCCGCCCUCGGUACCCAUUGCCCUGACAUCCCAUUAUCCAUGGUUCCUACCCAUGGAAAUUGGCAGGAACAGAACCCCUCCCAUGGAUAAUGGGGUACACCUGUACUCUUAGUACAUUCAUCACAAGAAGAAUCUUGUUCAAUAGCGCCACAAGGGAAUGUUAGAGGUCUUCUCUGCUUCAAUUCCUUGGUAGGUCUUGGAGCAAAGAUGGACAUGGUAAAAUCCUGAAUUGAAAAUGGCGACUAGUCUACUUUGAGUACCACCCCACCCCGCACCAGAUGGUGCUAUUUGUUUCCUGGUGUUACAAAUAAUGUGGUGGUGUUUAUUACAAUUAACACAUGGUGUUAUUUGUUUCCUGGAUUGCUAUGUAUGUAUAUGGAAUUCCUAUGUUUUGAGGACUUAAGGAAAGAGAAAUAGAGGACACAGAAAAGGUAAAAUAGCACAGGACUACUAUGUAGAAGACUUGGUUAACAAUAUAGGAAAUUUUUCAACAUCCUUCUUUCCUCACCUGUAACUUUUUAUUUGUAUCUUUGAUAGUGAUGAGGACUGAGAAUUAGAAGUUUAUUGUUAGUCACACCUGGAAGGAUUAUCCCUCCCUUCCCCCCGCCCAUAACUUAGCAGGGUAUGCUAUGCCAAAGUUGAGAAAGAUCCAUCCACCUGAGUCCAUUUGGAUCAAGAGGCUUUACUGUAUGGCAGUCUUUUCUCUCGGUUGUCAUGGAACAAUUGUUGCUUUGGUGACAGCAUCACAGUAACUCUGUGUGUAAGGUAAUAAUGAGAGUUGCCAGGGAGGUGGGGAAAGGGCAGGCUGCUAUGGUUGGGUGUGGCAACCAGUGACUUUCUCUUGUCUCCGUCCAACAUGACUUGUGUUACUCGGAGAUGCCUUCAGAGGCAGAAGGAAUUUAUCCUUGAUGGUGUGGCAGUGGACACCAUAGCUAGUGGCUACACCAGCAUCCUGCCCAAGCUGUGGUCUGCGUUGCCUCCUUACAAUGCUCAACUGGACAUCCAUGCUGCCAGCUAUUUCUCAUCCCCAGUGGUCAAGUCAGUGCUGAAAAAGACAGAACAGACCCGUGGGGGAACCUCUAGGGAUGGCUGGAUAGUGGAUUAUUUCCAUAUCUAUGGGCCAGGACAGAGAUACUUGAACAGAAGAAACUGGGCAGGGGCAGGUCAUUCUACACAGCAAGUGGCUGGUCACCACUUGCACUUGUCGGAUACCAAGCCUGUGAGAGGGUACAAUGGGCGAUACGGCUACCGCCGCAACACCCCUGAUCUCCGCACACGCUCCUCUUGCUUUGGAGAAGUCACAUGGCUUCCCAUCCACUGAAGAACAGCAAAUGGCUGCCUCUGUGCCUUGUUCUGGUCAGACUAUGAAGUGUGUUUUUGGUUUGGUUUGGAUUUCUUUUGUUGUUCGCUUCUUCUUGACUUUUCCAAAAAUGAACAGGAACCAAAUAAUAAAAUACUCUCAAUUUUCUUACAUGGA